AUGUAUGUAACUUUGGUGGAUUCUUUGAACACCAUUACUCCUCCGUUAAAGAUCACGAUUUUCACCCUCUUAGUGAUUGCAGUACCGAGAUCUGCCGUUGGAUAUUUUAUUUUAAAUAGUGGUUUCAAAGUUUUCGGUCUCGAUGCGCUGUUGCUUUUAAGAAUGAUAUGUAAUCUGUAUUCAAACUUCCCAUCUUUGAUAUGUGCCUCUAUAUUAUGGGACCUAAUAGAUGAAGAAGUCAUUAUAAUAAGAACCAGGGUUUAUGAAAAGUUAAUACGGUGUACCAAUGAGCGGAUGCGGUCUGAGUUGCAGCUAAUCCUUGAUGUGAUUGACCAACGCCCUCUAAAUUUCAGAUUGUUUCGCGCAAUGCCACUAUCUGUUAAAAUAUCUCUAAGUUUUUUUUCUUUCUGUGUUAUAAAUACUAUAGCAUUUGUUCAAGUUAUUUUUUUAUAUAAAUGA